AGUAUCGGUUUUCAUCCUAUAUCAAAGGAAGGAUGUAAUUACAUAAUUACGACCCGGGGUUUUAGAUUUUGAUUGUUUGUAUAUUUUCAUGUAUCUUGAUAUGGAGGGAUAAGUUAAAGGGGAAAUGCCUUGAUAUCAAUCAUUAGUCUAUGUAAAGUGUACACGUUUAGAAUCAAAGGUUGUAUACCUAGUAUCUACCUACUUCCUCGUAUACCCCGGGUACGGAAGUAAAUAGUGACCUAGCCAAUCAAUAAACGACUGGUGUGGAACCAAUCAUGCGUGCUUCAGAAAAAAACACAAUGAUUGGAUCAGUGAGUGAACUGUUAUUGAUGAAAUAACCACAAAUUUCUGAAAAAAUUGGAAAUAUAUAAAUACAGAAUGUUACCAAGGAGUCAGAGUUACAGAGGGAGGCAGGCACCAGAUCGACAAAGAGUUUUCCAGAUCACACAAUGGGCGAACCUAUCCUAGAAAGACGCGACCAGAGGGACAGUUGCUUUGUAGAACUUACGCAGGUUCCCUUAGGUAUUUAUGGAGAAAGAGUUACUAAGACGCCACUUUCACCAGUUUCUUCUCAUCAUCGGAAACAUUGGCGAAAACUACAGCAACAUCCGCUGGAAGAUCCAAAGGAAACAUCAACCAUUUGUUUUGACGUCAAACAGGAGCCAGUUAUAGCCUGCGCGCAACAAGUUCACGAGCGACUUCUACGUAACAAUGUCUCCUGCCAAGAUGCAGGCUACCUAUAUCCAGUUGAAGUUUCUGAGUCCAAUCUCCAUAGACAAGAUAGUCAGGAUGUCUUCCCGGAACAUCACCACUCCGCACCCUCGCCAAUCUACACAGACACACCCAAAGACCUUGUCCAAAAUGCAGAGAAUAUGAAAGUGAAGAAUGAGAAUGGAGAGGUGGUGGUGGAGCUGUAUGGGUACCUCUAUCCUAUAGACGUAUCUGGGACCAUAGACAUCAAUGGCGCACAGCUUACUGAGUACAAAAAUGUGGAUUAUACAUACCCAUGCUUACCUUCUCCCGAUAGUCCAUAUCAGUCAGACCACACGUGUACCAAGAGUGACAGUAUGUAUUCAGAAACAUACUCUCCCAAACGACCAAAAUCGACAGAAUCUGGACGAUCUAGGUAUAGACAGAAGCGAAUGCAGCGAGGGUGUCGGCUGUGGGAAUUCAUUCGGGACCUACUUCAGAACCCAUUGUACAAUCCCUCACACAUCAAAUGGAUCGACAAAUCGGUCGGGGAGUUUCGAUUAGUCAAAUCUAACCAGAUAGCUCGGAUGUGGGGAGCAAAGAAAAACAAUGAAUGCAUGACUUACGAGAAGCUGAGUAGAGCAAUGAGGUAUUAUUAUAAAAGAGAAAUUCUGUCUCCAGUGUUGGGAAAACGUUUAGUAUACAGAUUCGGGGCCAAAUCAUACGGGUGGUGAGUCAACCGCAGAGAGUUUGUAUAGGUAGCAGAGGAAACGUCAUCGUCAAAUGUCCAUACAGGACAAUAAAAAAACAAAACAAAAGGUCUUCUACAUUCUCACACGUAGGUGUCUGCUAGGACAGGACUAGAAAAAGAUCAGCAACAUCGCACAUCCGUAGCUCAACCAAGGAUACAGCAGCUGAGGUGAUGUUUACCUACAAAAGUAGAGAGAGGCGAUGAUCAAUGGAAACAUUUUCUUGACAAAUGAAGAAUGCGGAAUAUGUUACGUUUACCCUCUGUGAAAAUAUCAGCUUGUCCAGAAUCUGAGACUAAAUGUUAAAUACAUUCUUCAUUCGUUGAUAUUGUACUGGAAAAGAGAAAAACAUGGGAUCGGCCAACAAGUACUGACUUUUGGAAGUUCUUAUUGAUUGGUACAGCUCUGUAAUAAUGAGGCCAUAUUGACGAUGAUUUUUAUUUGUUUGUGCUCUGUAUUUCCAUUCAUAUAAAUAUGUCCAUUACAUUUUUAAUUUAUGAAUUAUAUAGCCAUGUAAAACACUAAGUGUUAAACUAGCCAAAUAAAACAAAAUGAUGUCUACAAAAGCA